UUUCCUGGCUUCUUGUUCUGAAAUUUUCAUCAUAAGGAAAUGCUGAUGAUUCAUAAAACAUCAUUGCCAAUGUAUUUUUGAAAAAACUGCUGACAUACAACUAACAUUUCUUGUGUACUGGGAUUUCUGGAGGGAAACUGCCUUUGGGGAAUUAUCCUUGGCAUAAACAGCAAGACUAGCCAUCCCCAUGGGAAGAAGAAACACCCUAUUGGUGACUCCCACUGGGGAAGGUAUAAAUAGUGAUCAGUGAGGACAGAAAACGUGCAGUCUGAAUUCGUAUCAAGCUGUGCCUCUUGCUUUGGGCUUUGGGUUGGAUUCUUAACUGCUGUCACUAUGAGCUACAGCACCAAGCAGACUGUUACUCUCGCUACCAAAGGAAAGAGUAGUGGUGGUAGCUGCGUGGUUGGAGGUGGUGGUGCAGGAAAGAUCUCUUCCGUGUCUUCUGGGAGAUAUGGCUCCUGUGGGCUAGGCAGUGGUGGAGGCUUUUCGUGCAGGAGUUUUAGUGGUGGUGCUGGUAGUUUUUCUGGAGGUAGCUGUGGAGGUGUCUUCGCUGGAGGUCUCCCAGGAUACAGCUAUGGAUGUUGUCCUGGCAUUGGGUUGAGCGGUGGUGCUUCCCAUUGUGGCUAUGGAGGUAGUUUCGGUGGUGGCUCUGGUGUUGCAGUUGGUGGUGGCUUUGGAUGUGGUUUUGGUGGUGGCGCUGGUGCUGCAGUCGGUGGUGGCUUUUUUGGCGGUGGUGUUUGUGGAGAUGGUGCAUUUGUUACCUGUGAUGAAAAGCUGACCAUGCAGAACCUCAAUGACCGCCUGGCUUCGUACCUGGACAAGGUGCGAUGCUUGGAGGAAGAAAACGCUGCCCUCGAGUGCAAAAUCAAGGAGUGGUAUGCCCACCAUGGGCACUCAGAUUUACCAAAGGACUACAGCUGCUACUACAAGCAAAUAGAAGAUCUUCAAAAGCAGAUUCUUUGUGCAACCCUUGAGAAUGGCAAGAUCAUUCUGGACAUUGAUAACAGCAGGAUGGCAGGUGAUGACUUCAGACUGAAGUAUGAGACUGAGCUGGCCCUUCGCCAGACUGUGGAGGCUGAUACUAACGGCUUACGCCGUGUUCUGGAUGAGCUGACCCUGUGCAGGUCUGACCUGGAGGGGCAGCUCGAGAGCCUGAAGGAAGAGCUGUGCUGUCUGAAGAAGAACCAUGAGGAGGAAAUCAAAUGUCUGAGAAACCAGUCCACUGGCGACGUCAAUGUGGAAGUCAACUCCUGUCCUGGACCAGAUCUGAAGAAAAUCCUAGACGAGAUGAGGUGCCAGUAUGAAAAAGUGAUUGCUCAAAAUCGCAAAGAGGUUGAGGAUUGGUAUAAAUGCAAGAUCGAUGAGGUGAAUCAUGAGGUCAUCACAAGCGGUCAGGAGGUGGAGUCGUGCAACAAUCAGGUCUCCGAACUUCGACGUCAAUUGCAGUGCCUGGAGAUUGAUCUGCAAGCCCAUCUUAGCCAGCGGGACAACCUGGAAGCCUCUUUAGCUGAAACCGAAAGUCGCUACAACGCCCACCUGUGCCAGUUACAACAACAGAUCACCUGUGUGGAGCAGCAGCUGUCUGACUUGCGCGCAGAAAUUGAGUCCCAGAAUCACGAGUACAAGGUCCUUCUGGACGUCAAAUGCCGUCUGGAGCAGGAGAUUCACACUUACCGCUGCCUGCUGGAAGGAGGACAGCAUGAUAUUGUUAUUCAGGAAGGAGGGAGCGGUGGCGGAAGUGGAGCUGGUAAAUGCACAGGAGGAGGAAGCGUUGUCCUUACAUCAUCCCACAGCUACUCUACCUCUUCCCACGGCCUCUCCCAUGUCCCGUCUUUCCACCCUGCUGAGAAGGGGCAUGGCAGAAAGAUCUGUGACUAAGCAGAGAAACCAGCAUCUUCCAGUGCAAGACCCAGGCACGGACAAAGCGAGAGCUGACCCAAGGCAUUCAUUGUGGAUCUAGGCAGAGCUUGGAGAAGCGCUCUUCAGAAUUACUCAACGCUGCUAACGCCAACAUUGCUGUCCUAAGGGGCCCAUCUGGCCUUUGGUCCAGCUUCCUGCCUACCAUGCUAUUUGCUUCUUCAUUCUCUCAUGCUGUCCAAUCACAAUAAUUCCUUACUGGAGAUAAUCUGUACCGUGGCUGGUAAUUUACCCUUUACAGAAAAGGUGUCUCUAAUAAAACUGCUUCUGCUUGAUGCGAUCAAGAGACCUGUGUCUGGG